CAAUCAAAUCCACUGAAAGCCAGCAGGACGGAGCUGGAGGAGAGCGGCUCCUCUCUCUCUCUCUCUCUCUCUCUCUCUCUCUCUCUACUGUCUCUCUGCAGCUCUGUCACCAGCUGAAAUACCUUGUUGCAGCUCUGCAGGACGUUUCUACAGGACUUGAGAUUCAUCACAUUUAGCUGCGUUGCCAAGAGGAAGAAGAAGAGGCGAUGGACUAAACAGCCUUCCGUGUGAUGGAUAGGAGAGGAGAUGUGUGAUAAGCUACAUGGGACACUCCGGAGCUGCCUGGCUGCCAGUCUAACAUCAACUGACAGCUGUCACCGGACGUAGCUGCUUUGCGAGCUAGCGAGCUAAGCUAAAGGCUAACAAACAGCCCCACAGACCGGCUAGCUAAUUUAGCCAGCCAGUCAGUCCUCCUAUCGGAUUGAGUGUGGAAAACGGUGACUUCCGCAUGGACAUUAUCGUAUCCUUAUCAAUGUCAACAUUAUUUGGCUCGCCCCGCUGUCCUCUUCGAAAACCAUGAGUUAAGUAACGCUCGGCAGCGCCGUUUGUAAUAUUUUGAGGUCCGGCUAGUUAGCAUUUAGCUGGAAGAUAGGUAGCUGCGUUCAUUCAAUUAUUUAGUAAGUGCUAACUAAAGCGUUAGCAUCAGCACCUCAGCCAACAACAACUAGCCACCUCUUGGACUUGUAAUCGUCGUUACAACGCUGAUAUAUUGGGCAUUGGCUGCGCUUAGGAUAACAUCGCAGAAAUGAAGAAAUUUUUUGACUCGCGUCGGGAGCUGGUGAGUUCCGGGCCUGGUUCUGGAGCCGGUGGAGGAGGCGGCGGUUCCGGCGGCGGUGGCAGCUUCAUUGGACGGGUCUUCACCAUUGGACGUUAUCAAGUGACCGUUGAGGAGAUUGUCGCUGAAGGAGGCUUUGCUAUAGUGUUCUUGGUGCGAACUCAUCAAGGGGUCCGCUGUGCGCUCAAGAGGAUGUAUGUUAACAAUGAACACGAUCUACAGAUCUGCAAACUGGAGAUUCAAAUUAUGAGGGACUUGGUAGGCCACAAAAACAUAGUGGGUUUUCUGGACUCCAGUAUUACUGCAGUUGGAGCCGGCGAUGUGUGGGAAGUCCUAAUCUUAAUGGACUUCUGUCGAGGUGGACAGGUGGUUAACCUAAUGAACCAGCGGCUACAGACCGGCUUCACCGAGGCUGAGGUGUUGCAGAUCUUCUGCGACACAUGUGAGGCUGUGGCCCGCCUCCACCAGUGCAAGACUCCAAUCAUCCAUCGAGAUCUAAAGGUGGAGAACAUUCUUCUCCAUGACCGGGGACACUAUGUGCUCUGUGACUUUGGGAGUGCCACCAACCGUUUCCAAAACCCUCAGACAGAAGGCGUGCCAGUGGUGGAGGAAGAAAUCAAAAGGUACACUACUUUGUCAUAUCGUGCUCCAGAGAUGGUCAACCUCUAUGGUGGCAAGGUCAUCACAACUAAGGCAGACAUUUGGGCCAUGGGUUGUCUGCUCUAUAAGCUGUGCUACUUUACUCUGCCCUUUGGGGAGAGCCAAGUAGCUAUCUGUGAUGGAAGCUUCACUAUCCCAGACAACUCCCGCUACUCCCAGGACAUGCACUGCCUCAUCAGAUACAUGCUGGAACCUGACCCGGACAAGAGACCAGAUAUCUACCAAGUAUCCUACUUUGCCUUUAAGCUGGCUCGACGAGAGUGUCCCGUCCAAAAUGUACAUAAUUUGCCCAUUCCUGCAAAACUUCCUGAGCCUAUCAGAGCCAGUGAAGCUGUGGCCAAAAAGAGUCAAACCAAAGCUAGACUCACAGACCCCAUUCCCACCACGGAAACCUCGAUUGCACCGCGGCAGCGGCCCAAGGCUGGCCAGGCCCAGCCCCAGCCAAUAUCAGGCAUUCUGCCCAUCCAGCCUGCCCUCACCCCACGCAAGAGGCCUAAUGUGGCUGCUGGAGCAGGUGUUGGGAUCAGUGUCCCACCUCCAGCUGCUGCUGCUGUCCAACCUGCUCAGCAGGCUCCUGCUGCACAGGCGGCGCCCCAGCCAGCCCAGGCCACCAACGUGCAGCCACCGGCCACACCCCAGCAUCAGCAGCUCUUCAUGAAACAGCAACAAGCCCCAGCCUUCUUCAGCUCACAACAACAGACCAGCCAGCAGCAUCAGCUGGUACAGAGUGGCCACCAACAACAGCAGCAGUCAGCCUUUCAGGCAUCUGCCCUACUGCAGUCCAAAGCUAAGCCACUUCAUCCCCUUGUUAACCUGCAACAGCAGCAGCCAGCCAGCUCUGCAGUGAUCAUUACCCCCAUCCAUGAAACUGCAGCUCCCCAACUCACUCCCAUCCCAGAGGUUGCAGCCAUCGGCCCUGCAGCUGACCCAGAGGCAACGACGUCUGCCCGAGAAAUCCACAAAGUGGGCUCCCUGACACCCCCCUCCUCACCGAAGGCAGCCCCUAAGGGUGGCCACAGGCGCAUCUUGAGCGAUGUCACUCACAGCGCCGUAUUUGGGGUCCCGGUCAGCAAAUCCACCCAGCUACUCCAGGCGGCUGCAGCCGAGGCCAGCCUCAACAAGUCCAAAUCAGCCAGCACCACCCCCUCUGGCUCCCCCUGCUCCUCCCAGCAGAGUGUGUACCAGCCAGGUGAGGUUGGCGCUCCAUCUGGCCCUCCUGGCACCAACACCCAGCCCAGCUGGAACCCCUUUGGGGACGACAACUUCUCCAAGCUUACAGCAGAGGAGCUGCUCAACAAAGAUUUUGCAAAGCUUGCUGAGACUACUAAACCAGGAGAGAAGGCCACAGGCUCCAGCGAAAAUCUCAUUCCAGGUCUCCAUGCUUUCCCAGAUGAAAGAUCAGUGGACAUCCUGGGUUUGGAUGCAGGUUCAGCAUUGUUGAGUGUCCCGGACCCCUUUAAUACCCUCUCCCUUUCUGACACCCCAGAGAAGCUGAUUGAGGGACUGAAGUCCCCAGAGACUUCUCUGCUGCUCCCUGACCUCUUACCCCUGGCCGACCCCUUCAGCAGUUCUGCAGAGAGCUCCACCAAUGCAAAGGAAGAGAGGUGCAUGGAUUCCCUGAUUCCUGGUUUGGAAGCCCCGCAGGCCCAGAGACACACAGCCCAGCAGGAGAUAAUCACAGCCAGCAUGCCAGACCCUCUGGCUGGGGAGGACUCUCUGCUAGGCUGUGAUCUGUUAUCUCAUCCUUCUACUCCUGGAAGCCAGUCUGUCUCUGCUCUCCCUUCCUCCUCCUGCUCCUCUGCUCCUCCUGGCUCCUGUCUGGAAGAGCUGGCCUCUGUGUCGCUGCCCCCUGGUCAGACAGCUUCUGACUCUGCUUUCCUCAUGUCGGGUGGGGAGAAGGGCACUGAGGACGAGUUUGACCCCAUUCCCGUGCUCAUCUCCAAAAACUCGAAUCAAGAACUGAAAGGGGAGAGUAAUGGCUACACUGUGCUUGGUGAGGGGCGAGAGACCGAACUUCCAGAUGGGGAUUCUCGAACAGAUGGGGGCUGUGUUCACUCCAGCGAUGAAGAUGAGGAGGGAAUGGAGGAGAAAGAGGCCCAGAAGGAAGAGCAGCAGGGCAGGGAAGCCAUUGAGAGUGAUGUUGCGGCCCAUGACUGCAGUGGCUCCCAACCUCUGCUGCUGGACUCUGAGGAUGAAGAGGAGCAAGGAUCUCCUUUAGCCCUCAAGGCAUCAGCACGCUCGGGUACAUUACUGACACAACCAUCCUCUACCUUCCAUCAACCAAACACCUUCACUCAGAAUCAUUCCCAGCAGGCAGCCGAGUCCGCAAGGGGGACAGAGGCUGUUCCAGAUGUCUUCUCAAAAGCCCCGUUUAUGAUUGCACAAGAGGACGCAAGCGAUGUGUUUGCCAAUGCUCCAUUUCCACGUGCCCCCGCUACAGCUCAGCAGCAGUUGGAUGUUUUCCUGCAGGCUCCCUUUGGGAAGAAGAAGGAGGCCACGGGUGUCACCAGCAUGUCCCCUCAGCCCAAGUCCUCAUACCCUCAUCCGACCAUAGUUCACGCUGCAACACCUGAACAAGGGGUCUUGGGGCAGGUGGCCCCUCAGCCGUUCCGCCCACAAGCUCUGGCCAAAUACUCCCGACACUUUGAUGGACCAUUACCCCAGCAGCCUGUAGCAGCCCACAGAGUAGUGUCUAAUGUGAGCAGGCAAGCUGCUGUGGGAUCAGUCCCUGUUGGACCUCUUCACUCAUGGACCUCAGAAGUGACAGCUGCAGACCCAUUUGUCUCUGCACCCUUUCACUUCAAGGCCCCUCAAGAAAAGCCCUGAAGGCGCACACAGAUCAGGGCAUAGUCGCAUAGCAGCAAAAAUUAUGCAAACUAUCACAGGCAAUCUGCAUGCUGUUACCAGUGCUGCUGCUGGACUGCAGGCCUGCAUGGAGCUCAUUCAUAACUAGCUCAAAUUAGUUUUCAUAGUACAAGGUCAUCAUUACACUUGAAUGUUAAAAUAGAGCAAGGAGGCUGACAUAGGUCCCGGUUGCCUUUAUUUGUGUUGUCGUGUCCUUUAAUAUCUUAAGAAUCGUCAUUCAUUGUUUGGUACGCACACACAGGAUAUGGUGGUCAAGUGUUUGUUUGUUUUCUUGCCUACCUCAGUUACAGCUUUCUUGUUGGCUCUAAAAUAUUGCUCAGUGAGGGACUGAAUAGAUUAUCUGCAGCUUUGGCAGGUUUAUGUUUUGGACAUUUGAGCUUUACUGUGAAUUUGUCAUUAGGCAUGAUUAUUGCCACAUUCACAAAACUCCCAUUGCUCCGACGUGUUAAUUCUCAGAAUGGAAGUAUUCAGCUUGGCUGACAAAAUCAUAAUGGCACAAAAGCUUGAGAAGAAAAAAACAACUGUAAUGGCACUUUUCUGUAAAAAGAAAUGAUAAAGCCUCCGUUCUUUCCUCAUUACUAUUGAGUUUUUGUCUCCGUGUGGUUCAGAGGAACUCACAUUUACGUACAUCAAACGAGAAAUUUAUAAACUGCCUUAUGUUCUUCAAGACAUGACUUGUUUUUUCCCUUAGGUCUCUUUGGUUAGGACAAAAACAGCGUUAACUCAGAAUAAUUAUUGUCAAGUCUCAUAGUUUGAUAUUAACCGAAUGCUGGAUAAUGAUGCAUAGACAUCUUGAAGAACAAUGUAUCAUGAUUUAAAAUAUUACUUUUUUUUUUUUUUUUUUCAAUCCAAAAUGUUGGCCUUUUUUCAUGUGUGUUGUUAUGUUUGUGAUCACUGUCUUGUAUUUGUCUGAUGAAAAUGGAAUAUCAGUGUUAUUCCAUGUAGCCGGCAAGCCUUAUAUAAAUGUUGGGCAUACAGAAUACAAUAUAAUACUUUGUGUUAUAAACAUGUAGUCUAUAAGAUUCUCUGUUGCUUCUCUGUGUUUUACAGUAUGUUACUUCCCAAGCCUUACAUUCUUACUCCCACAGCAAACAGCAUAUUGUCUACUAUCACCUUUGUUUACGCUCCUCACACACUGCUGCAUUUCCGCCAAUUUAUUGCACUUGCAGCCAGCACCAAAUACUUGUACACAAUCAUGUACAACUUCCUUUUGCUGUCUACAGUAUGCAUAUGCACCAGGAAUGUUUUUUUGGUUUUGUUUUGUUUUUUUUUCCAAAUUAGUUUGUCAUGUAUGUUUUAUUAUGGACAUCUCUUUGUAAAAUCUGAAUGUGUACUAACUGUGAUUAACUCUGGUAUGCACCUGAAGUGAAAAUACAUACGUAGCUAACUCUCUCAGUAACUCCAAUAAUACUUAACCUUCAGCCACAUAAAUAUCUACAAUGCUUGUGCUUAAACAUUACAUUUCCAGUCAGGGAUUGUAACUGUUGUCUUAUCUAGUGAGUCUUUGAGUUGUGAUUGGUUCAUGGCAUUCCUUUUGAAUUUAUCUUUGUUUCCAUAGACAUAUGGAAAAUGUUUUAAUUGCUUUGUAAAAAUCUCAAGACACUUUUUAGUUUUCUCCUUGGCACAUUUAAAGGGGAACCAAAGUGUUCUUCAACCCAAAGUGUAAUUCAUGUAUUCCUCUGUUGAAAUAUAAAUCAUCCAUAUUUUUCUUGAAGCGUGCAAUCUUUUUUUUAUAAACGUUCACUUUUUCUCACCCAACUUGUACAAAUGAAGCUUGCACAUAUAGUCACUGACAGUCAGGAUUCUCUCCAAGAAUGUGUUUUGAUGAGACACACAGCUGUGGGUUUAUACAACAUGUAUUUCGACCAGUGUUGUGUAAAGGAGGAUUCAUCAGCUCCAGACGCUGAAACCGAAGGCACUCGUAUCGAAAUACUUGAGUCAUGCUGCAAAGCUUUGCCUUUGAAAAUUAUGUUGUAUGUUAUAAAAAAAAAAAAUUAAAUGAAUGUAAAACCA